AUGUUGAAGUGCUUGAAUCUAAGAAAGCGUAUAACCGCUCGAAGUCGCGACGCUACUCAAAAUACUGAAGAUCGAAUCACUAGGCAAUUAAACUUAUUUAUUUCCUCUCUUAUUUUGCAAUUUAUUCGAAAAUUAAUUCUGUACGAUCGUAUAGUCACUGGAGACAUGGAAGCUGAAAUUGGGGGAAAUUUCGAUCAAUAUCAACAUUUUAUUUCAGAUUUUGCUAAACCAUUGACCUCUCUUCUUGGGUCGGAAAUUUCGGUUCCAAUAAAUUUAGGCUUGACAAUUACAACAUUUGCUGCCAGAAAAUUAAGAAAAAAAUUUAAUAAAGAGAAGGCUAGAAAGAUUAUUUCCAUUCUUCCUCUAGACGACAGCUCAACUACGCUUUUUGUGGCUUUACUGGCUUGCGAUAUUUGUAGAAUGUUUGAGCACCAGGUAGUGUUAGCAACCCAGGAUACAGCUAGUAUUAAUCUAAGAUUGCUAGCAAAGGUAACAGCAAAACGGGUUCUAAAUCACAUGGCAAAGUCAAAUUUACUAAAUGACAACUCCGUAGUUAGUAUAGUGGAUAAAAACAGUAUGAGUUACAAUCAGUUAGAGGAUUUAGCCCGAAUAUGUGUAUCUGGAGUACGCGAUGGCAUUUCAAAGCAUUCAUCUGAAAGGUUAUUUGAUAAAAGUAGAGAUAAAAGUAUCGCCUGCGGAGAUUUGCUUACACAGCUAGGCCUUAUCGAUGGAGCAGUAGGUGAAAAAGGUACAGGUGUAUAUUUUCCCGAUCAAAAGCAUUACGUAAAACAAUGGGGUUAUCGCCGACCCUCGCUUAUUUCUGACUAUGAGUUGAAGCCACUCAUUGAGAACGGUCAACUUCCUUCAGAUGAUAAGUUAAGGGAUAAAGGCUACAAGGUGGUGCCAUUUGAUACCGCGGUCUGGGAACAUUUCAGUUACAGCAGCCAUUUAUCUGCAGUAAAUAAUUUUGAGUCUCUCAAAGAAUACGCUACAUCAGCUUUAAAGAAAACUCUUACCGAUGAAGAUGAACACUUUACCGCUGAAACUCUGAAAGAUCUUAAGAUCAAAGUAGAAAAUUUACCCAAAAAGGAAGAUUUACAUCGAGAAAUAGAUGGUGUCAUGGCGACAUUAAAUCAAAUGAUUACAAAAGAAGGCGUAGAGGAAAUCGUAAAUAAAUUGGAAAAAGGAUGUUUCAGUAAGAUUGAUGAUGCAAUAGGAAUCCUAAAGAAAGUCGAAAGCAAUAUGGAUAAACUUCGAUCUGACUUUAACGAAUUUACAAGUGUCUUUCGCUCAAAAUCAGAUGCAGAAAUUUCUGAAAAGGGGACCUUACGUAGUUUUGGUCACCAAGAAAAUAAGUUUAAUUCCGAAUACGAUCUCGUGGAGAUACUGCAGCAUGUACCUAAUGUGGCGAAAACUGAACAUGCCGUCGUAAGGAAAGAAUUUGAAAAAAAUCUACUGGAAGCGUUACAAAAUGUUCAUAAGUGCAGCGGCCAUGUUUUGGUGCAUGGAAUUGGUGGAUGUGGCAACAUUAACGAAGACGGUUUACUAAAGACAAUGCAUGAACUUAUGCGUGAUCUGGACAUCGCCGUUUCUGAUGAAAUUGGGAAAACUUUAAGUGAUCUGUGCAAGUUUUUAGGUGGAGCAAUAAACGGUAAUUGUAACAAAUAA